AUUAGUCGUUCAGUUAUUUUCUUCCCCAAAACUCGUCGUUUUGUUCGGAAGUGUUUGGCUCUCGAGGCAUCGUCGCAGUUACGGGAGCGACCACCAUGAGGAGUGGCACAGCUGAUCCUCACUCAGAGGGCGAUCUUGCUCUUGAUCUAAUUUCCACCCUUCAAUCUCAACUGCUCUCUCUCCGCAACAGAGUACAGGAAUUAGAGGCUGAGAAUGCAAAGCUAUCAUCUCAAAUUUCAAGUUGCCACUGUCAUAAGAUAAGGGAGAAACUUGAUUCUAUCAGCCUGGUCCAGCAAAGUGAUGAAUUAAAAGCAGGUGGUGAUGAGACCAGAAAGAAAAAAUUGAAGGGGAAAAUACCAGGCACUAACAUGAGGACAAUGAAUCACAUUUCCAAGAGAUAUGUGGCUCUAAAAGUCAUGUAUUUUGGUCCAAGGUUUUAUGGUUUUGCUUCGGAAGCACACAUGGAUCCAACUGUUGAGUCUGAAAUUUUCAAGGCUCUUGAGAAGACAUGGCUUGCAGUUGGGGACAAGAAGGAAUUACAGUAUUCAAGAUGUGGUAGAACAGACAAGGGAGUAUCCUCUGUUGGGCAAGUGAUUGCUCUAUUUUUACGAUCAAACCUUAAGGAAAUUGGUGCAAGGGAAGAAAAUUCUACGAAAGUUGUUCCAGAAGAACAAUAUGAAGGAGAAAUUGAUUAUGUGAGGGUACUCAAUAGAGUCCUUCCUAAAGAUAUUCGAGUUAUGGGCUGGUGUCCUGUUCCAAUUGGUUUCCAUGCAAGGUUUAGCUGUUUGAGCAGAGAAUAUAAGUACUUUUUCUGGAGAGGAAAUCUGAAUAUAUUGGCAAUGGAGAGUGCUGGUAAGAAAUUUCUUGGGGAACAUGACUUCCGAAAUUUCUGUAAGAUGGAUGCAGUGAAUGUUCACAACUACAGACGACAUAUCAUUUCAUUUGAAAUUGCUCCUACCAAUAAUAGAUAUGAUGGAAAUCAACUUUGGGCAAUAAAAAUUAAAGGCAGUGCUUUCCUAUGGCACCAGGUCCGGUGCAUGGUUGCUGUACUAUUUAUGAUUGGCCAAGGUCUUGAAUCCCCUGAUGUGGUAGAUGCAUUAUUGGAUACAGAAAGGACAUCAAGAAAACCUCAAUAUGUCAUGGCCCCUGAGAUUCCAUUGGUUCUUCAAUCCUGUGAAUUUGAAGGUCUCAAGUUUAUUUGUUCAUCAGGUACUUCAAUCACAGAUGCUAGCCAAGCUUUACGCAUGCACUUGGAAAAUGAGUGCCUAACUUACCAGCUCCAAGCUGCAAUCUUUCAUGAGGCUCUGCUAUCCUGUUUGCCUUCAGCAAAUAGUGCCGAAAAACAGAAUUCACUAAAUAAUGGAACCAUCAAGAAGGAGGCUGCUCAUAUUGAUCUAAUGUCACGGCCAACUGAGCCAUCAUAUGAAGAGCGACGAGCCAAAUUAAACUCAAGAACAUGAGACGCUCUUCGGCUUUUUGAAUCAACUCUGGGACCUCACCCUUAGCCUAACCCACCCUUCACUGCUGAGCUACAACUCAAUGGUCCCCUGAGCUUUUGAACUUUGAUAAAGAGUAACUCAUCGUGACGGGUGCUUUCCUGUGAGGAAUAGCUUUUCUGCAACCCAAAGUGUAUUGUCUCUGCCAGAAAUCUACUUUGAGCAUGAAACAGGUGAUUUUCAACCCGGCCAAAGAGUGAAAUCUCAGUCUAGAUGGUUUGAGUCUGGGCCAUUGUGGUCCAAUAUUCACCCUGAGCCUUGUUAAAGUAUCUGGCCUGAACCCAGACUGAAAUACUUGUUGCAAAAGAAGCACAAGCUGCUAAUAGAAUUUCAGAUUCCUGAACUGAAUUUGAGUUGAAGUAUAUGAGAAAAUUUCAAAACAAAUUGUAUCUAUACCCGGGGUGACUUUUUUUGUUAUUACCAAGGCCUUUUAAUGAUAUGCAAUAUGCAAGUGACUUCAUUAUGUACUUUAAUACUGAUGAAGGAUGUUAAAUGCUAAGUACACAAUGCCCCUAUAUUUAUAUAGA